GUUGUAUUAGGUUUAAAUUUUUUUUGAGAAAUUAUGCGGACUUUUCCCACCAACUGUUGCUGUUCUUUUUAAUUUGCAUCCUCGCUGCUGUUGGUUGGCAAAACAGGAAGCUGUCGUCGCCAUUUUUAGACAAGGCAGUCGUAGAUUGGAAUUUCCUGCCGAGGAAAAAAGAAACAAGCAAAACUUUACUUGAAUUUUUGUAGCCGGCUUUGAGAAAGAAAACUGCCAAAUGAUAGGAUGGAUGAAUCAGAAAGGCAGUUUUUCAGACUUGUCCAGCAUCCCGUCAAGCUUUGAAAAACAGAUGUUAAACUAUUCGUGAUGGUAAUGAUAAUAAAUAGUAGAGGAGUAAAUGGAUUUGUAGAUGUUUGCUUUUCUGUUAAAAAAUAAACAAAAUUUUCACAAAACAGAACAUUCUACCAUGGUAAGAAUGCAUAAAGAUUCUGUAGAAAGGAACCAAAACAUGUAUAGCAUUUUCUGGUGUAAAAGAAAUGAUGGAAUAUUGAGAUAUUCAUAGUAGCUUUUUAAUAGCAGUGUUGUGGCUCUGGUCUUGAGAAAAGAAAAAUGCCAACCAUUCGACGAACAAUUAAAAAUGUUGUUUGGAAUUACUCAGAUGCCCAGAUCAAAGUUCGGGAAGCGACAUCAAAUGACCCAUGGGGACCUUCAAGUACACUGAUGUCUGAGAUAGCCGAUCUAACUUACAAUGUUGUUGCCUUCACAGAAAUUAUGCAAAUGAUCUGGAAGCGGUUAAACGAUCAUGGGAAGAACUGGAGACAUGUUUAUAAAUCUUUAGUGCUAUUGGAUUAUAUUAUUAAAACUGGGAGUGAAAAGGUAGCUCAGCAGUGUAAAGAAAAUGUUUAUGCAAUUCAGACUUUAAAAGACUUUCAAUAUACUGAGGACAACAAAGACCAAGGUAUGAAUGUACGAGAGAAAGCCAAACAAUUAGUUUCACUUUUGAAAGACGAUGAACGACUACGAAAUGAACGUGCAAAAGCAUUGAAAGCUAAAGAAAGAUUUGCACAAAAUGCCAUGGGUAUUGGAAGUAAUAAUAAGCAAUUUGCACAAGGAAAGUCUGAAAGACUUUCUGAUGGAGAUUCCGAUGACAAAGAUAGGAUUCAAUAUGAAACUGGCAGUCCUAAUCUCCCUCAUGAAGGUUUUUCCGAUACACAUGUUGGUGCCACUGGUUACAAUGACAAUUCUCCUACUCAGCGUCGGAGAUUGUCUUCAGAUCUGGAAUCUGCCCGUCCGUCGUCUCUGGGAGAGGAGGAGCUGCAACUUCAGUUAGCAUUAGCUAUGAGUAAAGAAGAACACGAAGAAGAACUUAAAAAACAGAAAAACGAUGACAUCAAACUGGCUAUGGCAAUAGAACAAAGUAAACAAGACAACAGUGAUGAGCCUGGAACUCAAAGUGGGAAUAGAUUGGCUGACAGUUUUGAAACGGGAACAAUGAAUGCUAACCACGGGACCACAACAGACCCUUGGGGAGUUCCCUUGCCACAAACAGCUUCUAUGUCAGAUCCUUGGGGUGGUGCUGGUGCUGGUAGUAGUAUGUCUUCACCCCGGGCAGGUAGAAGAGAGACAACGACCACGACGACAGCCUCUGCAUGGGAAUCUCCUGUGGCACUGAAUCCCUCAUCUAACUUGCAAGCACGUGCUCAGACACCAAUAACCACCGAUCCUUGGGGCGUACCAAUUAGUAGUCCUGAAAGGUCAACACCACAAUCCAUUUCUACUCCAAGUGAAAAUUUGUCAGGUUCUCAUCAGUCAGAUCCUUGGACUGUUAUCAACACAGGUUCGCAGCCACAACCAGCAACAACACCACAGAGUCCAUGGGAACCUAGCACGGUACCAGCUACUGGUCAGACUCCGGUACACACAAUGCCAAAUACUUUAAUCGUAACUUCAACAGGUACUUCAGUGACCACAACUAAUGGGAUGGGCACCAGUAGUAUAGAUGACGCCUUCGAUAUGUUGGUUAAUCGGAAAGCAAGUACUUCUCCUGCCCUGAGCAUAGAGGAGACAUCUACUGCCUUAGAUGGAUUUGGUCCUCAGGCGGCAGGAGGAGGGAAACUUAUUAUGGGUAGCGGAACACCAACUUCAGAUCCCUGGCUUAUGUCUGGUGUUGGUAAAGAUUUACCUGAUCAGGAGCAAAAUAAGAAGAAAACACCCAAAGAUUUCCUAGGCGAGAACGCAGCACUAGUUAAUUUGGACAACCUGGUAUCUAAGACCUCACCUUCGUUACCUAAAGAAAUGAAUGCUGCCCGUGACCCUAAUCAGCUAAAAAAUGACAACAAAUACAGUCAACUGUCCAGGACAUCACCAUCUAUAUUUGAAGGCACCAACCCAUUUACCGGAAGUGGAACGAACCCCUUUGAACAAUCUACAGCCCGAGUGCCCCUGCGUCAAAUGCAGCAGUCUCAACAACAGAGUUUCACCUCGGUGAACAAUGCUGACGUGCUCCCAAGACCUCUCAUUCCAUUUAAUACACCUCUACAGCCUGGUAUACAGCAGCCAAAUCAACCCAGCAAUCCGUUUCUUUAACAGCAGUUUGUUUGACUGUCAUGAACGAUGACGAUUUAAGGAAUCCGUUCGAGGGUUUCUUUUGGUUUUUUGGUUGUUUUUUUUUUUUUGAAAACCAAACUCCUGUUUCUUUUCCUUUCUAUCUUCUCCUCCCUUUUUUUUUUUUUUCCUUAUAACGACAAAAUGGAACAAGAAGA